CAGCCGAAUCCCGUUUGCUGUCAUAACAGAAAAAUAGUGCUAGAUAUUGGAUUAUUGAUCUCGAAAAAAAACGAUAUUUUAAUCCUCCAAGUCCAUUAAUUACAGUUUAAAUAGAACGUAUUUCGAGUGAUUCCUAUAGGCGCCAAACCGUCGUCAUGAGUGGCAAUCGUGGAAAUUUCAGUUUUUCGAUGCGUCGCCCCGGACAGCUGUCGGGAUCAUUCCGUCCCGGGCAGCAGCAGCAACAACAAUCGCAGCAGAAAAGUUUUUCGCUGAAUGCCGUUCCGCCGCCCAGUUCACUGACCGGCCGUGGCCACGGUGGUUAUGCUCCUCCUAAGUUCUUCCAUCAGCAGCAACAGUCGGCCGGUGGGGUUUCCAAGCACGGCUACCACACCAUGGAUGCGAUUGCGGCCUACGCUAAUCCUGCCUCGCAAUAUUCGCUCGGCAAGAGGCGCGGAAAGACCGAGGAUGAUUAUUUCGACGACGAUGAUGAGUCCGGACCGCAGCUGGAUUAUAUCCCAGCGCCUGGAUCGCCUUCGGCUAGCGGAUCGCAAGCCAAGUCUGACGACGAAGAUGACGAGGACGACCCAUUGGACGCGUUUAUGGCUGGCAUCAAUGCGCAGGUGGAGCGCGAAAAGAAGAAAAUUCCUCAACCGAACGUGGACGCCAAGAAAGGAACCCGAGGGGACAUCGACGAUGUGGAUGACGAGGAGAGCUAUUACCGUUACAUGGAAGAGAACCCAACUGCCGGUCUCCAGGAUGCGGACGGUUCCGAUGCCGAACUGGAGUACGACGAAGAUGGAAAUCCCAUCCCGCCACCCAAGAAACGGGAAAUUGAUCCGUUGCCUCCGAUUGAUCACUCGGAAAUCGAGUACGAUAAGUUCGAGAAAAACUUCUACAACCCACACGAGGACAUUGCGGGUCUGACCGUGUCGAAGACCAGAGAUCUCCGUAUGAAGCUUGGGGUCAGGGUUAACGGUCCUGCCCCGCCGGCUCCGGUUACCAGUUUUGCCCACUUCGGGUUCGACGAACAGUUGAUGAAGGCCAUCCGCAAGUCGGAGUACACUCAGCCGACGCCGAUCCAGGCCCAAGGCGUACCGGCGGCACUGAGUGGUCGUGAUAUUAUCGGUAUUGCCAAAACGGGUAGCGGUAAGACGGCUGCCUUUUUGUGGCCAAUGCUGGUUCACAUUAUGGACCAGAAGGAACUUGGGCCUGGCGAUGGACCGAUUGGGCUGAUUCUAGCGCCAACGCGCGAGUUGUCGCUGCAAAUCUAUCAAGAAGCCAAGAAGUUCGGCAAGGUUUAUAAUAUAAGCGUUUGCUGCUGCUACGGUGGUGGCUCAAAGUGGGAGCAGAGCAAGGCACUGGAACAGGGUGCUGAGAUUGUAGUGGCCACUCCUGGUCGAAUGAUUGAUAUGGUGAAGAUGAAGGCCACAAACUUGCAACGAGUUACCUAUCUGGUACUGGACGAAGCCGAUAAAAUGUUCAAUCUCGGCUUCGAACCACAGGUUCGUUCGAUCUGUAAUCAUGUCCGUCCAGAUCGGCAGACGAUGCUGUUCAGUGCUACUUUCAAGAAGAGAAUCGAGAAGCUGGCACGGGAUGUUUUGACCGAUCCGGUUAGAAUAAUGCAUGGAGAUUUGGGUGAGGCAAAUGAAGAUGUCACACAGCAUGUGAUUGUGAUGAACAAUCCUGCGCAUAAAUGGAACUGGCUUCUGGCAAAGAUGGUACAGCUGUUAUCUGAGGGUACUGUUUUGAUUUUCGUUACAAAGAAGGCAGAUGCCGAACAGGUCGCCAACAAUCUACGCCUACAAGAGUACGAUCCUGUAUUAUUGCAUGGUGACAUGGACCAAGCUGAUCGUAACAUUGUCAUAACUCGUUUUAAAAAACGAGAAGUUGAAAUUAUGGUGGCUACGGAUGUGGCCGCCCGUGGUCUCGAUAUUCCGCACAUUAGAAAUGUAGUAAACUAUGACAUUGCUAGGGAUAUUGACACUCACACUCAUCGGGUUGGUAGGACAGGCCGUGCCGGCGAGAAAGGUACCGCCUACACUCUGGUUGUGGACAAAGAUAAGGAAUUCGCUGGACAUUUGGUACGUAACCUGGAGGGUGCCAAUCAGGAAGUUCCCGAGGAACUGAUGAAAUUGGCAAUGCAGAGCGCGUGGUUCAGAAAUUCACGUUUCAAGAAUAACAAUAAGGGUAAAAAUCUGAACGUUGGCGGUGCGGGACUAGGCUUCCGCAGUCGACCAGUUCCCAGUGGACCGUUGAAGGCUUUAGAAGGACCGUCAUCUUCUGCGGAUGGAGGCAGUGGCAGUGGCUGGAAGGGACCUGUUACAGAUCGCCUAACGGCUAUGCGCGAUACAUUCAAGGCCCAAUAUAAUGCACAAUUCAAGGCUUCCUCCGAUAGGACGUGGGAGAAUACUCUUCCGGAGGGUGGUGUCUUCGCGAAACCCACUAUGUCGGGUUUUGUACCUGCGUCCAAUAGAGAUGCACAGGAAGAACUCCAAAAAGAUGACGAGCAACAUUUUUCGCAAACCGGGGAUGAAGAUAGACCUCGAAAGAAGAAGAGUAGAUGGAACUAAUCCGGCUGAAGUGAGGCCACGCACUCGAAAUGCUUAAGGUUGUACGCGAUUGUGUUGUUUCUGUGGUUUCUGUGUUUACGAGCGUUCAGGUAUGCUCUAAUAGCAGUUCUAUAUGUGUCAAUUGUAGAUGAGCGAUGUAUCCAGAUUCGGAGGGGUGUGGAAGGAUAGUUUAAAUUUGUACGAUUAUUCCGUAUUAUGAACAAAAUAAAGUCUUCAUAGCUCUUUCUGUCCAAAA